UCACCGCCUUCGCGUCCGUCGAGGAGGCCUGCAGGUGCCUGGAGAGCAACCCAUACGACACCAUCCUGGCGGAGGCGGAAGAUCUCCGCUGUCAGAAGGGCGACGCCGAGCAGCUGGUGUGGAGCAAAGGCAGCGUGCCCCUCAUACUCAUGUCGGAGUCUGAGGCCCCGGGGGACGUCCUCCAGGGGAUCAGCCUUGGGGCCGUCGAUUUUCUGAAGAGGCCAGUGUCGCCUCUAAAGUUGAGGAACAUUUGGCAGCAUGCUGUGCGACGGAUGAUGGGCGAUGCCAGCAUGGCUGAGAAACCAGAUGGAGAGGUUGAUGUUGCCCCUGUACCCCCUGCCGCGACUGCUGCAAACCCUGCAGCAGGUGCUAUUGGCACAAGCGGCAGUGGAAGCUCAGGAAGCGCGACUGCUGGGCCUUUGGCUGGGGCUGGUGCAGGCAGUGCCGCUGCAGAGCAGGAGAUGGCUUCUGACAGGAAGAGGCUGAAGAUCCCCAGGGAGAAUGGCAGUGCAGCGACUUACCGUCCGCCACCCCUGGCUAUGAAGCCACCUGUGUUCAGCUUGCCGCCCUUGAUGGGGAUUCCUCCUGGCUGUGUCCCACCCGCGGGUCCCAGUGGGAUGGCGAUCGGGAUGCCGGUCCUGAAUCAGCCCCCCUUUGCACCGCCAAGCGCAAGCCCAUUGGGCGUGAUGCCACCUUCACUGGCACCAUCUUCAGUGCCCAGCUUGUCAGGUGCAAUGCCAGGUGCUAUGCCAUUCCCUGGCUUCCCAAUGGUGCCGCCGCCGAUGGGCAUCGUUCCUCAGAUGCCCCUUGGAAGCGUGCCUGGGCCCAUGGGCGGUGGCAUGGACCCCACGCUGGCAGGGGCUUGUCCUCCCCUGGAUGCUUGUGCCCCAGCCAGUGGUCAAGUUGGCAACUCCAACGAUGAAGUAAACACCAGUGAAGCGCAGGCAAAAACAGCAGAUGGGGACCACGUGAUGACAGAUGAGGCUGAGACGGCACCACUGGGCCUCUCUUUGAAGAAGAGUCCCUCCCUGAUCAACAUGAUAAGCAACGAUCUGAGCAAUCUCUGCAGUACAGGCAAUCCAGUCUAG